AUCAUUAUAAGUACAAGGUGUGGUCGAGACAACAGGUGGAUCGAUCACGCUCUUUCUCCAUAAAGAAUAUUUUUAUUUUUCUGAACUACUCAGCACUGCUUUGAAAGAAUAAAAAAAGCCACACAGGAAAGAAGGGUACAAAAAUCGAUGUGUUUUUGAACAGCUCUUUGGAGUCACCGUAGAGUUUGUUUUUCUGCCCUACCUGAGCGCCAGGUGGUAGAGGACAAAGACGAAGAAAACAAGUCGGGAGUUUGGCGGCCUCGCUUAACGAAGACACUGGUGUACAUUGACUCGAUUGAAACUGAUAGCUAAUUGAGAGUAAAUUGAAAAAGAACUUUUUGGUGCCGCUUUUUUAUUUAAGAAAAUCGCCAAGUUCGCGUUAUUUUUUUUGUUGUUGUUGUUAGAAGUCUCUAUUCAAGAUGGCUAACUCCGGGUUACAAAUGUUAGGUUUUGUACUGGCCUUAAUAGGCUGUGUUGGGCUGAUCGUUGGCACCAUCAUGCCACAGUGGAAAAUGUCCGCGUAUGUGGGGGACAACAUCAUCACGGCCAUCGCCAUGUACCAAGGAUUGUGGAUGUCUUGUGCGUUCCAGAGUACCGGUCAGAUGCAAUGCAAAGUGUACGACUCCAUCCUUCAGCUGGACUCGGCUCUACAGGCCACUCGUGCCCUAAUGGUGCUCAGCAUUGUCCUGACCGUGAUUGGCAUGGGAGUCAGCUCCAUGGGUAUGAAAUGCACCAACUGCGGUGGUGAUGACAAAGUGCGUAAGGCGCGUAUAGCCACAGUGGGCGGAGUAGUCUUCCUCCUGGGAGGGUUGGCAUCCAUGAUUGCAUGUUGUUGGUUUGCAAACCGCAUUAUUCGGGACUUCUACAAUCCCUUAACUCCAGUCAACACCAAGUAUGAGUUUGGAGCUGCUAUUUUCAUAGCCUGGGCAGGUUCCUUCUUGGUUUUGCUUGGAGGUGGCCUCAUGUCCUGUUCUUGUCACAGACGCAACAGCGGAGGUGCCAAAACCAAAUAUCCACCAUCCAAGGGUCGGCCGGUUAGCUCAGUUGGCAAAGAUUACGUUUAAGAAUAGUCUACGAAUUGUCCACCGUACUAGCACAUCCAUUGGCUGAAGCGAACCUAAUUAAAGAAAUGUGGACUUUGGUUUUGUUUAAACUCUGUACACUUUCAGAUACCCAUGUGGUGUUUAAUACUAAAGUGGGAGGUGCCCAUCUUCAAUGGGAAUGGUGUGUGAAUGGAGGGGGGUCGGGGUCAAAUUUUGCUAUUUUAAAUAAACAAUUUAAGGGGGUUAGUGUAAUAAGUAGGUCAUCUUGUUCUGUUACAUUAAAGUGGCAUGUGCUAGUUUUACAGAAUAUAAGCAGAUGAGUGCCACUCCUAUAGGACAUUUAAAAUCUUGACUGGGCUUCAAUAAACUUUGUGUUAGAUUGCAACUGUAAGGAACUUUUGUUUCUUGGUCCUCAAUAUACAACUGUCUGGUGCCAUGGAUAUCAAAUUCGAGCAAAGGUGAAUCCUCUAGGUGUUUUUUGGAGGAUUUAUGAUCUUUUUAAUCAAACAGGAUUGUUUACCUGGCCACAUUUCCAGGAUGAUAACAUUUUCCCUGCCUAGAGGCGUCCGGCCUCUCCUGGCUACCUGCUUGCUGGUACAAGUCACUUGUACUGUUUGUGUUUUUUUUUUUUUUUAAAAAAGAUAAUGGUGAGGUUACUUAGCCCAUUUUUGAUGUUUGGAUUGACAUAACUACCUUCACUCCUCCCUUUCAGGUUUUCUUAGUUCUGCUUGCUGUGUAAUCUUCACUCCAGCCCAUAGCUUUAACAGACAAGUGGAGUCUUUAGUGAAGCUGCAUGUUUGACUGGUUUAAGUCCUGAAAAUGUAAUUCUCCAUUCAAUUCAAAGAAUGUGUAAAUGUUAUGGGAUGAGAAAUGCAGUUAUCUACUUGAAAUAUUCAGGCGACUUUGGUGGCUGGGUCUGUGAUGUGUGGAUUUAGGUUUUUUUUGUUUUUUUUUUUUUUUGUUUUGUUUUUAAAAAGUGUCUAAAGAACAUUUACCAUCUUCUCUACGCAUUUUUAGGUGUUUAAGAAACCAGCUUUGUAACCCUUAUUUAACGGCUUUAUUUUUAAUUUUUUAAAAUGUGGAUCAAAUAUGUAAAAUGUAAAUAAAUUUUUUUUCUCAAA